ACUGCUGCUUCCCUCCUGGCUCCGCGCCGCGCCUCCCAGUGACGUAGUACUUCCUCCGGUUCUUUAUCUGCGGCUCAGACCGAGGCGUGAGGAGCUGCGGCGUUUGGGAGCUGCGGCACCUGGUCCUCCAAGCGGCGGGUCUCGGCGAGACUUCGCGCUGUUCAUCCUAGACCGUUCCAGUGGUAACCAGAAGCUGAUCACUUGGCCAAGCGGCAGGAAGGAAAAAGGAAACGUGAAAGAGUCGCUCGGCUUCACGCCACGUUGCUCCGAGAGGCUUCCACUUCCGUUCGCUCCGUCCUGGAGAAACUGAAUUUACACUCGUCACUGAAUUUAGCUGAAACUUUUUAGUGCAACAAGUGUUGAUUAGAAGAGAAGCAAGUUUCAAAGAAAUAAAGAUGAGUAAGAGCAAAGACGAUGCACCUCAUGAACUAGAGAGCCAGUUUAUCUUACGUCUGCCUCCAGAAUAUGCUGCUACUGUGAGGAGGGCAGUACAGUCUGGUCAUGUCAACAUGAAGGACAGACUGACCAUUGAGUUACACCCUGAUGGGCGUCAUGGAAUCGUCAGAGUUGACCGGGUCCCUUUGGCCUCAAAGUUGGUAGAUCUGCCCUGUGUUAUGGAAAGCUUGAAAACUGUUGAUAAGAAGACCUUUUACAAGACAGCUGAUAUCUGUCAGAUGCUUGUAGCCACAGUUGAUGGUGAUCUCUAUCCCCCUGUGGAAGAGCCUGUUGCUUCUGCUGAUCCCAAAGCAAGCAAGAAGAAGGACAAGGACAAAGAGAAAAAGUUUAUCUGGAACCAUGGAAUUACUCUGCCUCUAAAAAAUGUGAGAAAGAGAAGGUUCCGGAAGACAGCCAAAAAGAAGUAUAUUGAAUCUCCAGAUGUGGAAAAAGAAGUGAAACGGCUGUUGAGUACAGAUGCGGAGGCUGUCAUUGCUCGUUGGGAAAUAAUUGCUGAAGAUGAAACAAAAGAAACAGAAAAUCAGGGCCUUGAUAUCUCUUCUCCUGGAAUGGCUGGUCAUAGGCAGGGCCAUGACUCCUUAGAACAUGAUGAGCUUCGAGAGAUAUUCAAUGACCUCAGCAGUAGCAGUGAAGAUGAAGAUGAGACACAGCAUCAAGAUGAAGAAGAUAUAAACAUCAUUGACACUGAGGAAGAUCUGGAGAGACAGCUACGGGAGAAGCUAAAUGAAUCAGAUGAACAGCACCAAGAAAAUGAAAGAAACAACCAGCUGGUUGUGGGAAUUAAGAAACAGAUUGACAACAUGAAAGGCAAGCUCCAAGAGACCCAGGACAGGGCCAAACGACAGGAGGAUCUCAUCAAGAAAGUAGAAAACCUGGCUCUUAAGAACAGGUUCCAGGCUGCGCUAGAUGAGCUCAAACAAAAGGAAGACCGAGAAAAGGAGCAGCUCAGCUCUUUGCAAGAAGAGCUAGAAUCACUCCUAGAGAAGUGAGAGCUUCAAUACUUAAAUAUUUCAGUCCUCAGAGUGGUCAGCAAACCUUGGUUUCAUCAUUUGGACUGGAUAUUAAGACCUUGCAGUAGUGCCUGUUCUCUUUAAUGCUGAAAGUUCUAUUGAGUUAUCUUACUUGUUUUUCAGAACACUUUGCUAGGUAUUCAUUCUAUGAGAAAUAGGAUUGUAUAGCCAGAAAAAUGAUUGUAGGAAAGUUGUAAGAUUAGUGGAAUGAACAGUUCAACUUUAAUAAUUAUAGCAUCACUACAGGACUUUGCUGUUUUUCUCCAUUUGCCAGAAGCUGCUGUGCUGCUCUGUGAUGACAUCUGAAAUGAACAAGAAGAAUCUAGUCUAGAAGUAGUGAGGCAAGUUAGCAUGUUUUUUCACGUAGUAGUAUUUUUUCACCUGUUCCAAAUAAUUUCCUACAUGUAGAGAUGAAAAUAAUUUUGUAAAGUUGUUUCUAACACAAUAAAUAAAAGCAACUAAUUUUC